CCCCACCCCCACCCCAGCAGAGCCGGAAGAGGGCGGGACGAGCCGGAAGAAGGUGAAAUGCGGUCGGUAGACGCUCCAAGGCUGUGAAGAUGGCGGCGGCUGCGUGGCUUCAGGUGCUGCCUGUCAUUCUUCUUCUGGGGGCUCCACCGUCCCCACUGUCGCCUUUGGGCGCAGGACCGGUACCCGUCGCUGCUGCCGACCGGUCCAAGUGGCACGUUCCAGUACCGUCGGGAAAAAAUUAUUUUAGUUUUGGAAAGAUCCUCUUCAAAAAUACCACUAUCUUCCUGAAAUUUGAUGGAGAACCUUGUGAUGUAUCUUUGAAUAUAACCUGGUAUCUAAAAAGUGCUGAUUGUUACAAUGAAAUCUACAACUUCAAGACAGGAGAUAUGGAGAAAUAUUUGGAAGACCUUAGGGAAAAAAAGGGCUUGUCUGGGAAAUAUCAAACAUCAUCAAAAUUGUUCCAGAACUGUAGUGAACUCUUUAAGGCACAGAGCUUUUCUGGGGAUUCUGUGCAUCGAUUGCCUCUUUUAGGAGAAAAGCAGGAGGCUAAGGAGAAUGGAACAAAUCUUACCUUUACUGGAGAAAAAAUUGCAAUGCAUGAUCCAUUGAAAACUUGGCAAGAUGCACCAUACAUUUUUAUUGUACAUAUUGGCAUUUCAUUCUCAAAGGAAUCAUCAAAAGAAAAUUCACUAAGUAAUCUUUUUACCAUGACUGUUGAAUUGAAGGGUCCCUAUGAAUACCUCACACUUGAAGAAUAUCCAUUGAUGAUUUUUUUCAUGGUGAUGUGUAUUGUGUAUGUCCUGUUUGGUGUUCUGUGGCUGGCAUGGUCUGCCUGCUACUGGAGAGAUCUCCUGAGAAUUCAGUUUUGGAUUGGUGCUGUCAUCUUCCUGGGAAUGCUUGAGAAAGCUGUCUUCUAUGCAGAAUUUCAGAACAUCCGAUACAAAGGAGAAUCUGUUCAAGGUGCCUUGAUCCUUGCAGAGCUGCUUUCAGCAGUUAAACGUUCACUGGCUCGAAUCCUGGUCAUUAUAGUCAGUCUGGGAUAUGGCAUAGUCAAGCCUCGCCUUGGAGUCACUCUUCACAAGGUUGUGGUAGCAGGAGCCCUUUAUCUCUUGUUCUCUGGCAUGGAAGGAGUCCUCAGAGUUACUGGGUAUUUUGCUCAUAUCUUGGCUUUGAUAGUAAACCUGGCCCUGUCAACAAUUGAUGCCUGUAUUAUUUUAUGGAUAUUUAUUAGCCUGACUCAAACAAUGAAGCUAUUAAAACUUCGGAGGAACAUUGUAAAACUCUCGCUGUACCGACAUUUCACCAACACCCUUAUCAUGGCGGUGGCAGCAUCUAUUGUGUUUAUCAUCUGGACAACCAUGAAGUUCAGGAUAGUGACUUGUCAAUCGGAUUGGCGGGAGCUAUGGGUGGACGAUGCCAUCUGGCGGUUGCUGUUCUCCAUGAUCCUCUUUGUCAUCAUGGUUCUCUGGCGACCAUCUGCAAACAACCAGAGGUUUGCCUUUUCACCUUUGUCUGAGGAAGAGGAAGAGGAUGAACAAAAGGAACCUAUGCUCAAAGAAAGCUUUGGGAUGAAAAUGAGAAGUACCAAACAAGAACCAAAUGGAAAUAGUAAAGUAAACAAAGCACAGGAAGAUGAUUUGAAGUGGGUCGAAGAAAAUGUCCCUUCUUCUGUGACAGAUGUAGCACUUCCAGCCCUUCUUGAUUCAGACGAGGAACGAAUGAUCACACACUUUGAAAGAUCCAAAAUGGAGUAAAGGGUGGGAAGAUGUGCAGUUGAAGAUGCUAGCACCUGGGAAGAGAUCAUCUAUCAAUCCUCUGCACUGCUCCAUGGAUUAAAGGAGCAAUGACAUCCUGA